GUCAGAAGUUUUCAAAACAACAUAACCUAGUUGCAAUUGACUCGAAAAAUCGAAGAUGGGUCAAAUGGAUGCAGAUUUGAAAAAGAAGAUUUUGCAAAAAUUCGUGGAUGAAAACAGGUCCAGUUUAUCGGAUCACGAGAAAUGCAAGCAGCUCCACCAGAAACUACUCGAUGAAUUGAACGCGAUCAAAGCACAAUUAGAUUUAGAGAAUGAUGAGUCCACAAUCAAACAGACAGUGGACAAACUGGAUUCCACUGUCGAAAGUAUUAAUGGGUCACUGGAUGAAUCUGAGACAUUGACAAAAGAAAUAGAGCAGAAUCUGGAUGAGCUGGAUGCAAUGAGGAAAGAUGUCCAGAAGAAAAUGAAUGAUUUGCAUGAGACAGAAACAGCAGUUCAAUAUAUGAAAGUUGUUCAGAGAGUUGAAGCACUUAGUGCUGAUUUGGAAAAGGAAUACAAUGGGAAGGAUGAUGAAAGUUGCAUCACACUGUUUGUUAAUUUAUGUGAGAUCAGUAGGAAUUUGAUAGAUUCAACUGCUUGCCAUUUGAAGGGAUAUGUGAAGGAAACUAUUAUUUAUUGGCACAAAAUUCUAAGAGAUAAAUUAGUUGUAGAUUUUGAUGAAGUUUUGAAAGCGCUGAAAUGGCCUUUCGUCAGCGAAAACUUUUCAUUGCAGACACCGUCACAAGCGAAUAUUCAAAAACUGCAAUUGUUAGCUGAAUAUUUGCUGCAAAUAGAGUUGCCAGAUGAAAGUUUAUCGCCUGUGAUCACGUCAGCUCUUCUGUCUGAUUUUCCACCGCUUUGUUUACCCAUCAACUAUUUGGUUGUUCCGUUGAAGAAACGAUUCAUUUACCACUUUUAUGGUGGGCGGCAAACGAAUAGAGUCGAUAAACCCGAAUGGUAUUUCACGCAAAUCCUGUCCUGGACCAGAGAUCAUAUUGAUUUCGUUUCUAAAUGGAUUCAACCGGUUAUUGAUAAAUUGGGUUUGCAUCAUAUUGAUGCUAAGUUGGAGUUUAUGCGUGGUUUGGUGCAAUUGGCAGUGGAGAAAUUACAUUCCGAGUUACCUAAUCUACAAUUCGACGAUUUCACCUUUUCGCAUUGCAUCGACGAGGCUCUGGGAUUCGAUAAGGAGCUUAGAGAGACGUAUUCCUAUCCUUCGACGCAACCCAGCAUUUUGGCAGUACUAACUCAAGCCCAAGUAUUUGUUAAAUGGCUUGCCAUGGAGAAGAAAUAUGCUAUUGAAAAGAUGGAUGCGAUGCUCUCUCCAACUGCUAUGGACAUCUUCGAGCCUCUAAUUACAGAAGGCGAUGAGCUGAAAGUUAGCAGCUGUGCCGAUACCUUCAUCACUCUUCUGCAAACUAUAACGGAACGUUACGAAUCGUUACCGCAGCCAGGUCACAGGCUUCAAUUCCUUGAACUCCAGUUGGAUCUGCUGGACGAUUUCAGGAUUCGCUUAUUGCAGCUAGUCAACGCCGAAGAGGGCGACGUCGUGGAAUCGAGGAUCCCGAUGAUCGCAAAUACAGCGCAUUACGUGGAGGACGUCCUCAUGGAUUGGGGCGCGAUGCUUCACUAUUUAGGUUUGUUUUACUACAAAAGUCAACUGGACGAAGUUGUUGCGGGCAAUCCGAUUCCGGUGAUGGAUUACGACGGAAGCCCAGAUUUCGAAAUGGAAACGGAAACUGUAUUCGCCGACACCCUUUCAUUAUUCAGGCAUAUGCGAAAGGACUUAUUAUGUACACUUUCCGAGUCUGUUAAUAGAGAGGCGAAGAUGCGGAGCAGAGACUACCGGCACGAAAGAUGGUCGGCUAUGGUUUACCAUAAAGAUAUGAGAACUCUAUCGUUAACACCCAGCGCUUGUCCGAUGUUCGAAGUAUUGGCAAGGCGUUUGCAUCAGCUGCAGAAAUCUUUAGCCAAGAAACUGUUCACGAUUGUUUGGAGAUUCGUAGCCCAACAAUUGGACGUUUACUUAUUCGAGGAUUUAAUUUUGGAGAACCGAUUCAACGACGGCGGAGCCAUACAGUUGAAAUACGAUAUGCAGCGAAACUUGUUCCCGCUCUUCUCUCAAUUUAGCGAAAAACCAGAGAACUAUUUCACGCAAGUUAAGGAAUCGUGCGAAUUAUUGAACAUUUCCAAAGGAUCCGCACUGCUUUUAAGAGAAACGCUUUUAGCAUUGGAGGGCGCUACUGGCGUGGAGGACCGAAGAGGACAAGCCUUGAAGGAGGUGGGCGUAACUAAUUUUACACCGCAGAUGUCGGUGGAUAUACUGAACAGAAGAACCGACAUCACAGUCAAUCGUAUGGUCAUUGAUUGAUCUACUGAAAUAUUUUAAAAGAAGAAAAACAUUUACUUACUAAAUAAAUUAU